GAAAGAAAGAGAGACCCCGGCAGAGAGAGAGAGAGAGGGUAAUUAUUUGCAUUUGUCAAGGUUAGGGUUUCCAUUAGACCUAGCUAGAUAGCUAUAGCUGCAAAACUUUGGCGGCACUGAAGAAUUGAAGAGCAAAUCUCCAUAUUCUCUUGGAGGGGUCUGAUGAAGAUCAUAUCAACAGUGAGUUCUAGUUCUUGCUUCUUAGAAUAUUAUGCUCACAAGUCCACCUUAGCCAUACUAUUCACCAUUAUUAUUUCCACACAUCUAUGAUUAUAAUAUAUAUUUGGGGAAGAAAUUGAAGAAAUUGCAUAAAGGGCCUAAAUUAAUUGAGAGAGAAUCGAAAAAUAAUGGAUACGAGGAAGGGAAGAGAUAGCUCUAGCAGAGAAGAAUCCAAGCUAAGCCCUUGUAAGGAUCAGGACGAGGAUGGAGAAGAAGAAGAAAUACUUCACCAAUAUGAUCUUCAUCAGAACUCGUCAUCGUCCUCCAAAGCGAAGAAGAAGAAGAAGAAGAAGAAGAAGAAGCAGAGGAGUGAAGCAACAGCAGCAGCCGCAGCAGCUGGGAGCUCAUCAAUUAGCAACAGCAGCUCAUCAGUUGAAGAGAUCAACACUAAUGGCAGUGUUAGCGGAGGGAAGAAGGCAGCAGCAGAUGCUGAUGCAGCUUCCGCAGCCGGGACUUCCGGAUCCGUAAGGCCUUAUAUCCGCUCGAAGAUGCCGAGGCUGCGGUGGACGCCCGAUCUCCAUCUCUGUUUUGUUCAUGCUGUUGAAAGACUGGGAGGCCAGGACAGAGCAACGCCCAAGUUGGUUCUUCAAUUGAUGAACAUCAAGGGCCUUAGCAUCGCUCAUGUGAAGAGCCAUCUUCAGAUGUAUAGGAGCAAGAAGAUGGAUGAUCAAAAUCAAGUUAGAACGGAGCAAGGGCUAUUCGGGGAAGGGGCCGACCACCAUAUUUACAAUCUGAGUCAGCUCCCAAUGCUACAAAGUUUUAACCACAGGCCUUCUUCAAUUUUAAGAUAUGGUGACAAUGCUUCAUGGAGUGGCCAUGGCAGCAAGACUUACAGCCAUGGCAACAAGAUUUACAGCUCUUACAACAUGGGAGGGGUUCCAUUUGAUAGAGCAAGACAUGGGAUUUAUGGUUCAACUUAUAAUAUUGGAGUUGGGAAUUCGCCUUUCAAGAGUAAUAUUACUGAUGAAAAUCCUUUCAAAGGCAACAACAACAUCAUCUCACUAAACAAUAACAAUAUUGUUUGCACAAGUCCAAAACAUAAUUCUUUCCAUGGGCAAGUACUGAGUCAUCAAAGACCAUUAUUCCAUAGGACUCCUGCAGAAGCCUUUCGAUCAUCGCAACAAUUGCGUCAUGAUUCAUGCAAGCGACCUCAAGUCCUCGCGUCGACCUCCACUGAACAUAAUCUUUUAUCCCAAUUGAUGCAAGAAAGGGAGAGAGCUGAAGAAGUGAAGUGUUUGAACAAUGACAAAACUCAAGAAGAUCAACAAAACAGGUUGAAGAGGAAGAGUUCGGAAUUGGAUCCCAACCUUGACUUGAACUUAUCUCUAAGAGUGGCACCUGAAAAUGGCAACGAAUUAGUCGAUAGCAAUUUAUCUCUUUCUUUGUUUUCGUCAUCGUCCUCAAGGCUUAGCGGGUCGAAGGAGGAGGAAUAUUAUUGUAAUGAUGGUGAGAAGCAUACAAAGAGGGCGAGUACUCUAGAUCUGACUUUGUGAAUGAGACAAUUCUAAGUGAGAUCUUGAGGUACUUGUCCAACCUAUCACAACAUUUAAUGCAUAAGAUCAUUGUCUUUACCUGCAUAAAAUAAGGUAAUGGCCAUUUCAAUUGAAUUCUUCCAUCUAUC